CUGGUAAGUCAGCUGUGCGUUUUAUAGUUGCAAGUUGUUGGGCGAGCAACGCUUACUUGUUAACAAUUUGUUUAAAAUUGUAGCAAAUAUUUAAUUCAACAUGGCAAAAAUAUUAAAAGCGUCCACAGGCCUAACAGGUCUGGCCGUUUCUACCAAUCCACACCACACACUAUGCGCCUUGUAUGGCAAAAUUUUACGCGCCGUGGCCAAAAUGCCGCAAGAAGCCAGUUAUCGCAAAUACACAGAACAAUUGGUGAAGCAACGUGCGGAUGCUGUUGCCAAGAACAAAGACAUUGUCGCCCUUGAGAAGGCCGUCGGUUGUGGUCAAGUCGAGGAGUUGAUUGUGCAGGCAGAGAACGAAUUGAUAUUGGCACGUAAAAUGCUCGGCUGGAAGCCAUGGGAAAAACUGGUACAGCCAGCGCCAGCCAGGCAAUGGGACUGGCCACCAGCCCAAAUAUCUGAGCCCAAAGUCUAAGCCACCCAAAAAAUACUAUAUCCUAACUAGUUUUGGCUUGCAUCUAUAAUGUGUUGUUCGAAGAUUUCGGAACAGAAAUAAAAGCCGUAAGAAACAUAAGCAAAGUGUAACAUAAAAACAACA